CUCCUCCAAUGAUCAAUUGCAUUUUCUCUUUCUAUUUUACAAAACCAUAUCUCUAGGGUGGUUCUCCUCCACAAGCGCUGACGAAGACCAUUAAUUUUAGAGUUUUAACCAUUAGACGUAAUUCCCAACAAUUCAAUCACCUCCUUCCCAAACUGCAGGUGAUCGAGCAAUCGCAAAGGAGACACUCCCGGUGCAUGUUAGCGAGAUUGAGGCGCAGGAUAGCAUGGAUGCCUUACGUAGGAUGAGGAUCGAUGUGAGGGAGUCGACCAUGGUGCGUCCGGCGGAGGAUACCCCGACGCGGAGGCUGUGGAUCUCGAGCUUGGAUAUAGUGGUGUCCAACUUCCACACCCCGAGUGUCUACUUCUACCGGCCCACCGGUUCAUGUAACUUCUUCGACGCGGGAGUGCUGAAACGCUCCCUGAGCAGAGCUCUCGUGCCGUUUUACCCGGUGGCUGGGCGGCUUAGGAGGGACGAGGACGGCCGGACCGAGAUUUACUGCAACGGCGACGGUGUACUCUUCGUGGUGGCUGAGACGGACUCCACCGUGGAUGAUUUGGGUGACUUUGCACCCACUUCCAAACUCCGGUGUCUCGUUCCGGCUGUUGAUUACUCUGGUGGGAUUGAAUCCUUUCCUCUCCUAGUCUUGCAGCUCACGCAUUUCAAAUGUGGUGGAGUUUCGCUUGGCGUUGGUAUGCAACAUCGCGUGGCAGACGGUGCUUCUGGUCUCCACUUUAUCAACACAUGGUCCGACAUGGCUCGUAGUCUAGACCUCAAGAUACCGCCAUUCAUCGACCGGACCCUCCUAGCUGCCCGCAACCCACCCCAGCCUGCAUUCCACCACAUUGAAUACCAGCCCCCUCCGGCUAUGAAAGUUUCUCUCCAAACAACAACAGAUCAAUCCCAAUCGGCUGUGGUUUCUGUUUUCAAGUUAACCCGGGACCAACUCAACGUUCUCAAAGGCAAAUCAAAGGUAAAUGGGAAUACGGUUAGUUAUAGCUCAUAUGAAAUGCUAGCAUUGCACGUAUGGCGUUGUGCGUGCAAAGCCCGUGGACUUUCAGAUGAUCAAGAAACAAAGCUGUACGUUGCCACAGAUGGACGGUCCAGGCUCGAACCUCCACUCCCACCUGGCUACUUUGGAAAUGUGAUCUUCAAUGCCACUCCUAUCGCAGUAGCCGGGGAUCUUCAAUCAAAGCCACUUUGGCAUGCCGCCAGUCGAAUUCACGAUGCAUUAGUGCGGAUGGACAACAAUUAUUUGAGGUCAGCUCUUGAUUACUUAGAAUUGCAGCCUGAUCUAAAGCCCCUUGUCCGUGGUGCCCAUACUUUUAGGUGUCCGAAUCUCGGGAUAACCAGUUGGGCUAGGCUGCCUAUCCAUGAUGCAGAUUUCGGUUGGGGCAGGCCAAUUUUCAUGGGACCUGGUGGGAUUGCAUAUGAAGGAUUAGCAUUUGUUUUACCAAGUCCCACCAAUGAUGGGAGCUUAUCUGUUCCAAUAUCGCUGCAAGCCCAACACAUGAAACUCUUCCAGGAAUUCUUCUAUGAUUUUUAAAUAUAUAAGGCGGCUGACAAUUAAACUGGUGCGGGCCCGGUUAUAGCUACCUGGUUGGUUCAUACUUCAUAGAUGUCAUUUUUAUUAUUAUUUUGUAUUUUUCUGGCAUGGUUAUGUUUAUUAUGAUGCAAAAUACUUGACCUAUAGCCACCCACAGUAGGCAAGUGUUUUGUGCGUGUAAGGAACAUGCAUGAGUAGUGAAGGUAUGUUUGAUUUUAGAGGGAAUAAGUCAAAAGAAAUUUUUGGGGGA